AUGGGCAAAGGAGGGGAGAGCUAAUAGAAGGAAAAAGAGGAGGGUGAGCAGGGGGAGAUAGAGAGGAAGGGAGAGAGGUUUAUCCAAACGGCGCUCGGGAGUCGGAAGUUUCAAUGCUGCUCUAUGCUUCGCGCACACAACCAAGAGAGAUUACCCAAAACACAUAUGCAAAGAGAUACGAUGCUGCUCUCAGCAAGCCUGAUGAUUGGCUUGCUGUGCCUGAGCCACACGGGUGCUGUGAUGGGUUUCGCUCAGCUGCUGAACAAUGCUGAAUUACGGUCAGCUUUCUCAGUCGCACGAACCAACAGCAUGGAAGGUGGACCCAAGAUGACGGUGAUCUUUGACACAGUCUACGUCAACAUUGGUGGAGAUUUUGACCCAAAAACUGGCUUGUUUCACUGCCGCAUCCCUGGGGCCUACUACUUCUCAUUUACAGUGGGAAAAUUCCCCCAUAAAGACUUGUCUGUGAUGCUGAUGAAGAACAGAAAUGAGGUGCAAGCCAUUGUGUAUGAAGAGAAUGCUGGAGAGGAGAGGAAGGUACAGAGCCAGAGUAUCAUGCUGCAGCUGGAGUUUGGCGACACCAUCUGGCUCCGUCUCCAUGGGGAUCCGCGCUAUGCCCUCUAUAGCAACACUGGGCACUACACCACCUUCAAUGGUUACCUCAUCUACCCUGACACAUACGACUACCAGGCACACCGCUCGCAGCAGCACCAUACAGCCUAUAACUCCCACAAGCUUCAACAGGACAACAUGCCAAUGUGGAAUAGUCACCAGACCACAGUGGAUGUUGGGUCUGAUCUGAAGAACACGGUGGGCGAGAUGGAGCCACGUCGUGAUGAUGACGAGGAGCAAGAGGAAGAGGAGGAGGAAGACCCACAAUCUGCUUUCUCAGUGGGGCGUACACAGAGUAUAUUAGGAGUGAAUAAGAUAGGUAUGUCACAGCACAAGCCAGUCAGCUUUGACACGGCGUUUGUCAACAUCGGGGAGGACUUCAACUUGACGGAGGGGAUUUUCAAGUGCCGUGUUCCUGGUGCGUACUAUUUCUCGUUCAACAUGGGCAAGCUUCCUCAGAAGACUCUUUCCGUCAAGCUGAUGAAGAACCACCUGGAAGUGCAGGCAAUGAUCUAUGAUGACAGCCCCGGAGAGAAAGCUCUGCAGAGUCAGAGCUUGAUGCUCUCGCUGAAAGCAGGUGACAUAGUGUGGCUCUACUCCCACCAGAGAGAUGGCUUUGGAGCUUACAGCAACCACGCCAAAUACAUCACUUUCACUGGCUUCUUAGUGUACCCAGACUUCCCCGCCACAACUGCUAUUAAUGCCACCAGUCAGUCACAUGCAGAAAAGAAGCCCUAGCUACAGUGUCUUCGCUACAAACUAAAUGUUGAGGGUGGAAUUCAUGCAAAUUGGUGGGCAUUAUUGAUUAUUCAUGGCAUACUUCCUCUUCCUGUGAAUUCCUUUGUUAUGUUACAAAGACCUUGGACUGAAAGCAGAGCUUGAUUGAAUGAAUGAUUAUCUCCAUAACUUCCAGUAAAGGGCCUCCAAAGAUGAGACUUAAUGUUUUUUCCUUAUACUGUGUUGUAGUUCAGACUGUGGUUGAAAGUUAGUGGUUGAAUGUCAUGAAAACAUCAUUACCUCAUAUUCAAAUCAUUAUUGUCUCACAUCGAACUGAACAAAGCACAGCUGAAUUUACUUCGAACUGUAGUUUAAUGUCAUUAAAUGGGGUGGCACAUUUUUUUAAUUCCUGAAACUUCACUCUGGACCUUUGGUCAUGUGCAGAAAUGUGAGCCAACCUCUUCAGUUUUUUAAACAGCUAUUAAACUAAAAAAAGUAAGGAAGGACAAAUGUUUAAUUUUAAAUUUAUUGUGUCUAGUGUUUCUGCCUGUAAGUCUUCUUUUUCAUUCUAUUUACCAAAACAAAACAAAAAUGUCAUUGUUGACAAAAUUGAUUAUUCCCAUUUUAAGUGUCACUCACACUUUAAAAGAGCCACAAGGACAGCUGAGGACAAAACUAACUUAACACCUCCAUAUUCAUCCCUUAUGCGUUGUUGACCACAUGCCAUGACUAAGCCUGUGGAAGUGGGCAGUGUAAUUUGAUUUCUAAUGAACGCAGUAAAAUAUUUAAUUUCAACCUUUUCUUAAAGUAAUUAAUUAAAGCACUCAUGCAAAGAGGAUAACCAAUCACCAUAUCAGAAGGCUCAGGCACUUGAAGAGAUUUUACAAAUCAACAUGUUUUUAUGACAUCAUUUAAAAACAAGAUUCAAUAUUUGUAAGAAAAAGAGCAACAGUGGGGGAAUUUUUGAAACAUGUAUAGGAAUGAUUUUACCUUGAGCAAAAAUAAAGCAUUUAUAUUUUCACCUCUAAAAAUUAUUUAUAUUAAAUUUGACAAAACAUAGCUCCAUCAAGUAAUAUAAAGCAACUUUCUAGUGAAAGCAUUUAUACUGCACUCAUCAUAACAGAAGACUGCAGAAAGAGUUUCUUUUGCAGGAGUAGCAAAAGAUUGACUUACUGUACAGUCAUGGUUCAUUUUCCGACAGACACACGCAUGCAUGCACGCACGGACACAUAAACACACACACUUAAUUCUCCAACCUCACAGUGAUCUCUUUGGCACAAAAGAGAUUUUAGUCUGACUCAUCUGAUUAAAAACUAACUACGUGUUAAGUGUCCUGGCUCACACUCCCAUCAGACUGCCCUCUGCCUCAGUCGCGUUAAUUGACAUUUUUGUAAAGGUUACUCAAAUUACGCUGUGAGCUGCAGCUCAUUCCAUUUGUAUGUUCUGUUUUUUGCUGCAACUUUUCCCGAUCCAGCCACUUAGUGUCAUUCACAGCGGACCCUUGUGAAACUCACGAUCUUUCCCAAAACAUUGUACUUGUUACAAAUUAUGGAAAAUCCUAAUCAAUCCGUGUUGUGUGAAGUGAUUUGACUAUUCUCAUCUGA